AUGAAAGAUUCAGAGAAAUUAAUUUGGGAUCAGACGAGAAGACCCUCACACUCGCCGAAGCUUAUCAUUAUGAUAUGGUUAAUGCUCUUCGUUUCCCUCACCUAUGUAGUUUACACUCUCAAGCUACUCUCCACAUCAAAAGCUUGCAACCAUGGCCCAUUCUCCAUCCACAUCAAUGCCAAUGCCACUGCUUCCCCAAACAGAACAGCGAUUGGAGAAACCCGACACCAACAAACGGAGCUCCGACACAUAGUGUUCGGAAUCGCGGCAUCCUCGAAGCUCUGGGAACAGAGGAAAAACUACAUCAAGCUGUGGUACAAGGCCAAGGAGAUGAGAGGGGUAGUGUGGCUUGAUGAUCGCGUGAAAACCAACGAAAGCGAAGGGCUUCCACCGGUUAAGAUUUCCACCGACACCUCCAAUUUCGCUUAUACCAACAAGCAAGGACACCGUUCCGCCAUUCGAAUCUCUCGCAUCGUGUCUGAAACGCUGCGUUUAGGGCUCGAGGACGUGCGGUGGUUCGUGAUGGGCGACGACGACACCGUUUUCAUCACCGACAACCUGCUGAGGAUUUUGAACAAGUAUGAUCACGACCAGUUCUAUUACAUUGGGAGCUUGUCGGAGAGUCACUUGCAGAACAUUCACUUCUCGUACGGAAUGGCCUACGGUGGAGGUGGCUUCGCCAUUAGCUACCCUUUGGCCAAGGCUCUGGAAAAAAUGCAGGACCGUUGUAUUCAGAGAUACCCGGGAUUGUACGGCUCCGAUGAUCGAAUGCAAGCUUGUAUGGCUGAACUUGGUGUUCCACUCACUAAGGAAAUUGGUUUUCACCAGUAUGAUGUGUAUGGGAACCUGUUUGGGCUUCUAGCAGCUCACCCUGUGACUCCAUUGGUGUCACUGCACCACCUUGAUGUGGUUGAGCCAAUCUUCCCCAAUGUCACAAGGGUAGAAGCCCUUCAACGACUUUCCAUGCCAAUGAAGCUUGACUCAGCUGCGCUCAUUCAGCAAUCCAUCUGCUACGACAAGAAAAGGAGCUGGACCAUUUCUGUUUCAUGGGGUUUUUCUGUUCAGAUAUUUCGUGGGAUAUUUUCACCCCGAGAGAUGGAAAUGCCUUCAAGAACAUUCUUGAAUUGGUACAGAAGAGCAGAUUACACUGCAUACGCAUUCAACACACGCCCAGUUACCCGAAACCCAUGUCAGAAGCCUUUUGUGUUUUACUUGUCUAAGGCAAAAUUCAAUUCUACAAUUCGACAGACAGUGAGUGAAUAUGAAAGGCAUCGUGUCCCUCAUCCAGAAUGCCGGUGGAAGAUGGCUGAUCCUUCUGCUCUUGACAAAGUUGAGGUAUAUAAGAAGCCAGACCCGCGUCUAUGGGAUAGAGCUCCAAGGAGAAACUGUUGCAGAGUGAUGAAGUCAAACAAUAAAGGAACCAUGGUGAUAGAUGUGGGUAUAUGUAGAGGUGGUGAGGUCACCGAACCUUAA